AUGGAAUUUAUUAAUACUAAAAUUAAAUUAAGUCUAGAGGAACAAAAGUAUUACUAUUUAUCUAGUUGAAUUCGGGAUAAUAAGGAUUUAGUAGAAAAACUUUUAAAUAAUAUAUUUCAAUUUUCAUUAGGACAAAAAAUAUCAAUUUUUACAAAAGAGGUGGAUUUAUUAGAUAUGGAAACUAUAACAUUAGGAUAUAAAGAAAAAUCAAUUGUUUGAAAACCUACUAACAAGGUUUUAAAGGUAUUACCUAAAAUUGAGUCAGUACUUGUUUUACCAAAAAGAAUUCCUAUGAUAGUAAAGCCUAAACCUUAUACAAAUAGAGUAAAUGGAGGUUAUUUAAUUAAUGAUGUACGUUUUAAUAUGGAUAUUGUAAAACAAAAGUGAAAUGUUCGUGAGAGAAGUCAAAUCCUAGAUUUUAAUAAAAUAUAUGAUAUAGUAAAUAAUUUAAGUUCGGUAGAAUAUAAAAUUAACACAAAGGUCUUAGAUUUUAUUAAAUUAUAUGGUAGUGAUUAUUUCGAAAAAGAAUUGAUAGAUUCUAGUUAUAUUCAUACUUUACUCGAAAAAUCUAAGUUAACUAAAAAAGAAAAGGUAUAA